GUACAGUCUUUUUAAGUUUAUCUUGGCUUCCGACCCCAGUUUAACAUAUAAUAUAGAUUACAGAGUUUUUAAAACUUUGCUGUUCCCAAAUUAACUUUUAAUCUGACUGUGUGAAGCAGUUGAGUUUAUAUUAAAGAAUUUCUCACUAGUAUGUCUUCAUAAAAGACCACAACGUCAUUUAACUCUGUGAUCGUACCGUGAGUAAAGGAACAUUAACAGGCAGUUUGAUCAUUAGCUCCGGACUUUAUUUUUUAGUUUGUGAGUUUUGUACUAAACCCAAAAGAUACACAUUCGUACCUUCUGCAGUAUGUUCAGGUAAUAAGGUAUUUUCCUUCAAAAUCUUGGUUGCGUAAGUUAGUUGGUUCUUUAUAAAUCGCAAGGCAAGGUAUAGUCUGUUACUCACUGUAAAUAAACGAAAACGUUUUAGUCGAUUAUUGAUCAACAUUAACUUCCAUGUACUUUGUAUGCUUGGUACAUGUUAAGCCAAUGGUCGAUAUCUUGCUGAAAAGUGCAUCGUUUUUAUGAAUGUUUUCACAUGUCUCAAAGUAAUUCUAAUGUAGUAGCUUUGACUGAUAUGGCGUAUAUAUAUUUGGUGCCCCCUUGUACCAAUGUUUGUGUUCAAAUAACUAAAUAAAUAAGCUUUGGCUAAAAACGAAACCCUUAAAUAUUACAACUGGUUAUAGUAAGCAAAUAUUACCUUUAAGAUACAUGUUGAACUUGAUUUUUGGGAGCCAGAAAUCCUACUAUUGGUCGAUAAUUUUGCCGAGCUUUUGAGUUCAUAACUUUGAAAGAGCUGUAGAUGAGUUGUUAUUCAAUGGAAAUAAAUAAUUGCAAAUUAAAUCCAUUCCUCAGUAAAAUUCAAUGAUAAUACGUAGUUUUAAAUUCUUCUGAUCUCUAAGAUCAAAGUAGGUGAACAUCAGUCAAAUAAGAUUGUAGUCAAACAUAAAUUAAUCUGUGGAAGCUCAGUUAUGCUUACUGACUUCACCUAAACCUAAAUGUGAUAUAAGUUAGUUAUGGUGUGGAAUUCUAAAGAUUCAGUGAUUAAAAUCAGGAAGCGGGAUAGUGGUCUGUAGACAAAACAUAAUGGUACUGUGUGUCUGAGCGAUGAAUGCUCACGAUAACAUAGUUUACUCACGCCUCCGAAUGAUUUGUAACGUGACAAGGACAUUAGCCAGAAGAAUAGGCUUUCUUUGUAAAGAAGUGGCAUGCUUAUUUGUAUAGUAGUCACAAAAUAACUAUAACAAAAUGUCUCAGAUAAUGGGGAAAACUUAAUUCGUAGGUCUCCCUCCAUUCAAUUAAGGUUUGAUUGUUAGGACUGGUCCUUCAAGAUCAUGACACCUCCGUGAAAUGAUUUCUGAUCCUUCCGUAGUAACAUUGAGUAAAAGGUGAUACCUUUAACAUGCUUCAUUUUUUUCCUCUUAGAGACCAUGCUUUCAGUCCUCUUAUCGACCUUACCCACCGUUGUGGUCCUGUGAAUCCCAUCGGGAUUACAUGGUCAUUUGAUCCUUAUAUUUUGCUCAUUUUAGCAAAUACUGAAAAGAUUAACUUACAUCUAGAAAUGUAAGGGGAUUAGGACUGGAAAUAAUAAAGUAGUCGGAUGAAAUAAAUUUGUAAAUUAUCAUUUGAUUUAUUCACUUUCGUCAACUCAUCUAAUCAUUUGAAAACUUUUAGGGAGCUUUUAAUCUCACUAAUUUUUUAUUUAGGGGUAUGAUAUUUCACUACUGCUAAAAAAUUGUUUCUGUUAUAUUUAGAUGUCAUCCCGUCUAGUGGAAACUGUUAUGAUUAAUGUGGACGACUUCGCAGAUAAUUUUUUGACGUGUGGUACGUGUUUCAGUGGUUAUAAUUCAAGUGAACGUGCUGCCAAAUUAUUACCUUGUUCACACACAAUAUGCCGUUCAUGUUUAGAUCGAAUCCUUACAAAUGAAACUCAGUCAGAGACAUUUCGUUGUCCAAUUUGCCGGGAGAAUAUUGCUAUUCCAUCAGGUGGUGCAGCUUCAUUUCCUCCGGCUUUUAUAGUAAAUCAGUUAUUAGACCUACUUGCUACCCAUCGUCGAGAUGUUGUACCUAAAUGUUGUAUACAUCCAUCACAAGAACUAUUAUUUUGUGAGACUUGUGAUAUGGUAUUUUGCAGUGAAUGCCGAGGUCGUAAUCAUGCUGUUCAAAAUCAUGUGAAUGACUCAUCAUGUUUGCCAGUGAACAAUGGAAAUCAAGAUAUUACUACACAAGUAGAAAGUUCAUCGUCGAAUACUGGCCUAAAUCAUAAUGUGAUCACAUUCAACGUUGCACUAAAACGUUGUUCAGAAAUUAUGCUCUAUAAAAUGCAUUUAUGUACUCAAGAGUUAAAUUGUGCUCAAGAAGCCGUAACAAGUGAACUAGAACGUUUAACAAAUAAUACUAGUUCAUGUGUUGAAUCUAUUAACUCACGUUUUUCUGAGAUAUUGGCACUCGUUGAACAUCGUCAAGGAGAAUUAUUAGACUGUGUGAAACGACUUGGAGAAGAAAAACGACGUGCCUUAACAGAUCAACUUUCUUUAAUUGAAACAGAAAGAGACUUAAUUCGUACAGAAUGUGAUCGUUUAAAGGGCGUUAUGGAUGUACGAAGUAUUACAAAAACAAUAAGUUACCUGAAUGAUAAAUUGGACUCGAUUAGUGGUUUAACUGAACCUCGUGAAAAUGCCUUCCUUUGUUAUCAAGACUGUGUCGGUCCAUACAAUCAACAUAAUCAUAUAAACAUGUGUUGUACUGCCUCGAAACGCACCAUAUGUUCAUCAUCCCCAUCAGUUACAAAUUAUAAUGAAUCAGACUCACCAUCCUCUUCAUCUUAUCAUCGUAAUCAUCAUCAAAGAUCGAAUGUGUCUUCUUCAACAACUCUUCAGUCUUCUCCUCAUCAAGUUAGCCUUCCUGAUAUUGCUCGUUGUCUUGCUGGCUUUGGUCGUUUAGUUGUUAGUACAACUUACCCUGCAUUAUGUACUGCUCGUUUACCAAAUGAAAUGUUUACCCAUCUGUAUACUAAAUGCACUAUUCAAGCAGUUGACUAUCAUGGUCGUCCUCAAUCAAACAGUGGAACAGAUCCCAUUGAAGUUGCUUUUACAGAACCACGAGGUCACUUAGUCCCAACUGAUAUAUUAGACAUUGGAAAUGGUUGCUACGAGGUUAGCAUGAUUACCCCAUUUUCAGGUCUUCAUAAAUUAUCUGUAAAAAUUCUCAAUAGACCAAUUCGUGGCUCACCUUUCAGUGUUCAUGUAAAACCAACACAAAAACGUAUUUGGUCUUUAAAAGAAGGCUCCGACGGUCGAGGAUUGAUUCAACCGUUCGCUGUAGCUUUUGGACCUUAUCCUGUUCGUCCUUCUGAAGCCUCAUCAAAUGCUACACAAAAUGAUUGUUCAAUAACUCGUGAUUUCAUUUACGUUUUGGAUACAGGCAAUAGCCGUCUGUUAGUACUAAAUCCUGCAGAUGGUUCACUUCAUACCACUGUGACCGGUGAACCAUUAUCUGGUCAAGCUGCAACUGGUAUGGUGUGGUCACCUCAGGGUUUAUGGAUUGUAAAUUGGCGGGCUAAGCAACUGUUCCUGUUAGACCCAGCUACUGAACAGGUACUUUCAUCCGUGUCAAGUCCUUUGUUCAAGGAGCCAACUAGUAUCGCCAGAUGUCCCUUAACUAGUCGUUUAUUUAUUGCUGAUAAUGGAGCUGGUUGCGUUUUUGUUUGUGACCCUGAAACCUGCUCUGUGGAUGUGUUUAUUGGGACAAAUACUACAUCCGUUUAUGCGGAUAGUGAUGCAAGCACUCCAACUAGACACAGUACUUUAAUUCGAACCGAAGCUAGUUCUCAUUUGCCCCAACCUAAAGUUUGCAAAUUAAUCACAGGAUUGUGUGUAGCUGACUCUGGAGAAUUGAUUUUGUCUACAGGAACGUGUAUUCGAAUAUUUUCAUCAGAUGGACAUUUUCUUUCUGAUCUGUUACCUCCAAAUCAACCAGGUGAUGAUUAUUUGCGUGUUCGUAUCUCAACAUUACCGUCAAGAACUUCGUUGGAUACUUCUUAUUUUAAUGUUUUGAAUAAUUCAUAUGACAAUCCAAAUUCGGAAUAUAUGAAUGCUGGUCGUUUAAGUUUAUCUGAAAUCCGCCAUUCAAGUGGUCCUUCAAAGUCACGGAUUCCUCCAUCACGUGGUCAAUUCGGCGGUGUGUCAUUCAGUACUGCACCAACUGGGUCUGCUAAUAUUCAAACCGAUAAACUAGGAAAAUGUAUCCUAGCAACUUAUUCAGAUAGACAACGUUCUGGUGUUGUCGUUUGGCCGGAAACAUUGUGGACUUCCAGUUGUCGACAAUGCGUUCACGAAGCAGAUGACAAUACAGUAUCUUCUAGCAUAAUUACUAACAGUAAUAAUAAUGACACUGUGUGUAAUACCACUAACUCUGCCACUACCACUAAUGUUCCUAGUAGUAGUGGUAACAAUAACAACCGUUUCUCUGUAGUAGAUCCAAACUUUCAAACACAUACUUGUGCAAUUUUUUGUCCUUUAAAUAGAAGUAGAUACCUUUUUAAACCAUACUUAAUUGAAGUAGAUCCGUCAUUUCGACGAUUGGCUGGUUUAGUUACUUUAUCAAAUUGUAGAGAUGUUAUUGUUGUUGAUCAAGGUGCUCAAAAUAUUUCGAGAAUUCACUAUGCAUGAAGUUGAUUUCAUCAUUCAAUUUUUCUGCAUUUUUUGUCCAUGAUGAGUUAAUCCGCACAAUAUGUGAUAAACAUAUUUUUUCUCUGAAAAUAAUUUUCCGUUCAUUUUAUUCAUAUCAUUUAUAUGAAUAUAAACACAGCUGAUAUCCACUUUUUUAAAAUACAUCUAUUGGCUCGAUUCAAAUGUCCUUUCAGUUUUACUCCACUUUUCUAAUUGGAUAGUUAUAAUUAAUUCAUCGAUAAUGUCACAUAUUAUCACAUUAUUAUUAUUAUCAUUAUUACCAUGAUUACUAUUAUUACUCAUGGAUAUUUUAUGCAUAUUUUUUUAUGAGAAGCGUUUAUUUUCUAAAAGAAUCAAUUCUAUUCUGUUAUCACUGUAGUUUCCAUAGGUAUAUAUAUAUAUACAUGCGGUUUUACGUAUAUGUAAUGUACAUUUACAUGUAGGAUAACAAGUAUUUCUCUACUAUACCGUUUUCUCAUAUCUUACACAUGUUAAUAAUUAUAACUGUUAUUGUUUCACUAUACAACUGUAGUUCCCCAUCAUUCUUAGACUUUAAUAUUUUCUUCCUUCAUGUUUUAUAUAUAACUGCGUUUAUUGUGUAUAUGUUGUUGGUCCUUUCUUGUUUCUGUUGUUGGAAUGUUGUUUCUCUCUGUUCUUUUCUUUAAUAGAUAACAAUAAAUCCAGUAUUGUCAAAAGUUGUUGACAAUGUCUUUUCAUCAUCCUCAUUAUAACAAUAAUGUUUUUUUCCGUGUUUUUCCUGUUCUAGAGUUUUCUAUAAAUUUAUUUACACUAUACAAUUCGUCAUUUUCAUAGUUGUGUUCCCUUUUGUGUGUGCAGUACCCCAAGUUAUUCAUCUUUUAGUCGAUAAUAGUGAUAAAUCAUUUGUAAUUAGUUCAUCUAAACUUACUUAUUUGUAACUUAAUAAGACUUCGUUUUUCAUUCGUUACUUGGCGCGCAUAUAUAUAUAACUCUCUUGUUCUCCUGCUGGUAUAACCUAAAUAAGUAUGGGUAUGAAGAUCAUUUAGCCUUGCGUCACAUUUUUAUAGUGCGUGUUGGGUAAUAUAAAUGAAGAGAUCUUUGAAUUCGCAUUCAUCUACUGUCAACUGUCCUUUCGUGAUUGUUGUUAUUUUCGUUGUUGAGGUUUGAAUUUUUGUCAACUGGUAUUUCAUUAUCGUUGGAAUUUACCUAUGUUAUGUUGUAGUGUUUAAAUUAUGUAUUUGUGUUUCCUUUCUUUUUUUUUAAUUUCUGUUUUUUUCUAUCCAACCUCACUAUAUUAUUUAAGUAAAGAAACACAAAUAUUAGUUUUUAGAAUCGUUAUUGUUACUAUUAUUAUCGUCACCAUAAAUAUUCACAGGAAUAUAUUCUUCAUUAUUAUUACUCCUAUCAGUAUCUUCGUUACUUAUACAACUAUUAUUCUUAUUACUACUAUUAUGACCAUAAAGAUGGAAUUCACUUUAAAUGUGAUUCGUCGUUUCUUGUUUUCAUUGUAUGCCUAUUUGGGAGGGAAAAUUUACAGUUGAUAAAGAAAGGACCAUAAUAUGACCAACAUAAAUAACAUGCAUAUAUCUUAGCAUUUAUAAUAAACAGAUAUUUAUUACUCUUAUAUUAUUUAGUAAAUUCAUCUCUACUGUACGCAAGGGAAUCGUACGAGUAAAAUCUAGUCGAGAAGUUUUGAGAAAUAUUAGGAAAACGGAUAUGUGUGCAAUAUUUUCUAAUAAGGAAUAUUGUAUAUAAUAUGUGGAAUAAAAUGAGUCUGGAUUCAAUAUCUACAGAGUACAAAUCUAGGAUUGUCUGUCGACUGAAUGUGUCAAAAGUUGAAAUCGGUAUUUCUGGUUGCCGAUAGAUAAUGCAGAAACUUUUCCGUAUUAGAUUUUAAUUUUAUGCUAUUACAUCGUGGUGGUGUUGGAUCAAUCAGUUGAAAUUAUAAAACGUUGAUAAAUAAUAAUUUUAUACAUGUU